ACAUCAUUCAUGUUCUUUGCUGGUUGUUGCCCCUUUGGCUUUUAGCUUUACCAAAAACUGUUCAUUUUCAUUUUGUGCCCCAUAUUUAUCCUCCAUUUAUGAUUUAUUAACCCACUUUUUUUUGUUUUUAAUCAAACCCACUUUUCCUUUUUAGGAAAGCAAUUUUCUGCAAUUACAUGUGCUAUUUAAUACUCAAGCCAGUUGCAGGCUGCAGCUGUAAGGAAGACAGUGUUCCCAUAUUAUAUUUGAGACAGUUCCCAUAUUUCAUUUGAUUCAUUCACUAACCAUAUUAUUAAUCUAGACACGUGAAUUGAAUGGUGAUUAGACUGUAUACCAGGUACAAUUUAUCAUCACAAAUUCUUCUCUUUUUUUGCUUGUUUUGGUUUCAGGAAUGGGAUGGGAUGGAACAAAGAGUUGUGAGGGCCAUUUGCCCCUAAUGGCCUCAUGGCCUGCAGUGCAUUGCACUUGCCUCCUGUUUCAGUUCUCCUUCCUUUCUUCCCCAUCUCUGCUACUCUUUUCACUUUUCUUUUUCAAGUCCAAAAUCUAAAAAAAUCUGAAAAUUUGUGUUCUUAUCCUAUUUUUAUACCAAACCCAUCACAUCAAUGCUCCACUAAUUGAUCAUUAAAAACACGUAUCUAAUAGCCAAUUAGUUCAUUAACACGUUCCUGUCCAACUGUUUCCUUCCUUUUUUUUCUUUUUUAAAUUAGUUCUGGUCUAUUUCUUUCUAGAAAAAUGUCAAGGUGUUUUAGCUUCACAGAGGCUAAGAACUGGUGCCAUAGAUCCACUUUCACCAAACUGGGGCUCCGAUCCACCAUCACGGACAUCAAAGACGGCACCGUAAUGCACUGCUGGGUCCCCAACGUCCCAGCUGACACCAAACCUAAUCUCCUCCUUAUUCAUGGCUUAGGCGCUAACGCAUUGUGGCAGUGGGUUGAUGUCAUCCGCCACUUCACUCCUUGCUUCAACGUCUACGUUCCUGACUUAGUCUUCUUCGGCGAGUCGUUCACCACUCGGCCGGAGCGGAACGAGUCUUUCCAAGCGCAGUGCGUCAUGCGAGUCAUGGAGGCCUACUCGGUGCGGAAGCUGAGCUUGGUUGGGCUUAGUUACGGUGGGUUCGUUGGGUACUGUAUAGCGGCGCAGUACAAGGAAGCUGUGGAGAGAGUGGUGUUGUGUUGUUCUGGGAUUUGUAUGGAAGAGAAGGAUUUGAGGGAAGGGGUUUUUACAGUUUCGGAUUUGGAAGAGGCUGCAAGUAUUUUGGUGCCAUUGAAACCAGAUAAGCUGAGAGAGUUGGUGGGUUUUACGUUUUAUAGGCCGCCUCCUGUGGUAUUGAUCCCUGAUUGCUUCUUCAUUGAUUUCAUUGAUGCAAUGUGCAGAGAUUAUGUGGAAGAGAAGAAAGAAUUGAUCCGAGCUAUUCCUAAAGACAGAAAGCUUUUGGACCUUCCCAAGAUCACCCAGCCAACGCUGAUAAUCUGGGGAGAAAAUGAUCGAAUUUUUCCAUUGGAACUGGGUCACAGAUUAAAAAGGCAUCUGUGGGACAAUGCCCAUCUGGCGGUCAUCAAGAAUGCAGGGCACGCCGUCAAUGUAGAGAGGCCAAAGGAGUACAUCAAGCUUUUGAAAUCGUUCCUGAUUGAUAGGCAACUUCCUCCAGAGACGAGCUCAGCUUCAAAUUUUCAAAACAACAUUUGAUUAAACAGAAGGUAGAGUUGGUGAGGUGAGAGGUUCCUGAAAACGAUUUAACUUCUGUGGUAGACUAAUGGGAUUCAGAACAAAAAAUACAACGCAAUUUUUUGGCGCUCCCAUAAUAUUAUCGUUCAUCCUUCUUUCA